GACCAAAUUGCCAUGCUGCACAAAGCCUCCGCCUAAAGAACCGCCUUGCAUUCCUGAACCACCAUGUUAUCCCAUGUGCCCACCUCCACCACCUCCUCCAAAGAAGGAUCCGUGCCCACCAUUUGUGUGUCCACUCAAGUGCAAGGAUAAGAAAGAAAAAUGCACUAUUGAGCUCUGUGAUGAGAGUGGGAAGCGACCUUGUUACACUUUUCAAUGCAUCAAGGACAAAAAUGCUUCUAAGCCUUGUACAGCGGAUCCUAAUUGUCCAGACGAAAUCACUCUGGAGUGCAAAAUGGAAGACGGGUCAAGCAAGUGUGUCCAGUACGUGUGCAAAGACAAAGUGAAGGAUCUCAUUUGUGACGACAAACCUGAGAAGAUAUUCAAAUGUUUUGAGGAAUGCGCAGAGGCAUGCGCAGCUCAAAUGAACGACUACGAACGCGGCCGACAAGACAUGCUCAAGGAGAUCUCCAAGUGCACCAAGGUCUGCAUCCCGAAACCCUUGCCCAGUUGCGAACCAAGACUGGGGUCAUUAUUGGAUUGCUCGUCAAAUGCGUCCAAGAUGAACAUCUCAAAGAAGUCUUCACACGGGAAAUACGAAUGUCCAAAGUAUUUUUUGCCACAGAUAAACUGCGACACUGGCAGCAAACCUUGCACAGCUUCUUGUCCGCCUCCACCAUGUCCAAUGUGCCCACCUUGUCCUCCACCCUGUCCUCCUCCUUGUCCACCAAAAUGUCCUCCAGCUUGUCCUCCACCCUGUCCUCCACCCUGUCCUCCAGCUUGUCCUCCUCCUUGUCCACCAAAAUGCCCUCCACCCUGUCCACCAAAAUGCCCUCCACCUUGUCCACCACCAUGCCCUCCAGUGUGUUGUCCUCCACCAUGCCCUCCACCCUGUCCACCAAAAUGCCCUCCACCUUGUCCACCACCAUGCCCUCCAGUGUGUUGUCCUCCACCAUGUCCACCACCCUGCCCUCCUCCUUGCCCACCACCAUGUCCACCACCAUGCCCUCCAGUGUGUUGUCCUCCACCAUGUCCGCCACCCUGCCCACCACCUUGCCCACCACCAUGUCCACCACCAGUGUGCUGUCCACCACCAUGUCCACCUCCAAUUCCACCAGUGUGCAUGCCACCACCUCCCACACCACCAUGUGACCCUUGCCCACCACCACCAUGCUGCCUACCAGAUCCAACUGAUCCAGAUGACCCAUGCUAUGAGCCACCUCCACCUGCACCCACAGCACCAUGCAGGAAUCCAUGGCCCAAAUUGCCAUGCUGCACAAAGCCUCCGCCUAAAGAACCGCCUUGCAUUCCUGAACCACCAUGUUAUCCCAUGUGCCCACCUCCACCACCUCCUCCAAAGAAGGAUCCGUGCCCACCAUUUGUGUGUCCACUCAAGUGCAAGGAUAAGAAAGAAAAAUGCACUAUUGAGCUCUGUGAUGAGAGUGGGAAGCGACCUUGUUACACUUUUCAAUGCAUCAAGGACAAAAAUGCUUCUAAGCCUUGUACAGCGGAUCCUAAUUGUCCAGACGAAAUCACUCUGGAGUGCAAAAUGGAAGACGGGUCAAGCAAGUGUGUCCAGUACGUGUGCAAAGACAAAGUGAAGGAUCUCAUUUGUGACGACAAACCUGAGAAGAUAUUCAAAUGUUUUGAGGAAUGCGCAGAGGCAUGCGCAGCUCAAAUGAACGACUACGAACGCGGCCGACAAGACAUGCUCAAGGAGAUCUCCAAGUGCACCAAGGUCUGCAUCCCGAAACCCUUGCCCAGUUGCGAACCCGUUUGCGAGGAGAAAAUCCUGUUGCCCCCUUCCAUGCUGGACAAGUAUUGUUGCGGCGGGGAAUUCGGUUGCGAGCCCAUGCCCAAGGUGUGCCUGCCGCCGUUGCAACUGGACCCGACGUGUUGCGACCCGCCCAAGGCGUGCGAGUACCUGGAACUCAUGUGUUGCUACGAGGAUGACGAGGCUGGGUCUUGCGGGGUUCAAGUACCCGAAAGGUGCAAGGAUGCUUGCGGCAAGGACACUGGAGAGUUUGUUGUUCGAGUGCCAGUGAAGGAGAUUACCAAGCCGGAGAUGGAGGAGAUGCGAGGGACGUGUUGCGUGCCGCAAAAUUACGACACUGCUCAGCUAUUGGGCAUUGGCUAUUGGGCAUUGGUUAAUCCGGUGACCGAAAAGAUCCUAAUUAGGGGCCCAUUGAAGCGUUUGGCAGACUUCUUUUUCGUCGGGGCUCCCUGGGCAUGCGACGACGAGCCGGAUUGCAUUGACCUCUUUCGACCCCUGAGUCCGAUGUGUUGCUUGUCCCCCGAACCGGAAAAAGAGUGCACUUAUGACCCCUGCAUGAAAUGCGUGUGCCCGGAGCCGGAGAAGAAAGAAGAACCAGCACCGUGCCAAGAACCCGCGGAAAACCCGUGCAAAAAAAUCUUGGAAGAACCGUACGAAAACCCCUGCGGGUGUCCGGAACCCCCGAUCAACGAGUCUUGCUGAAGGAAAAUUUGCAUGAAAAGUGGACUGGGGUCUUGAACGAAAAAUAUUUUUUGAAAAGAUGUUGAAGACUGGAAAGGUCUUCCUGAGGAGAAUUAAGAAUUCCAUGAGGUCUUAUUGGGGAGAUGAAAGAACCUCUGAUCAACGAAUCGUGCAGAUGGACUUCACAUGAAAGAGGCUUGCUUGAAAAAUACUUCUAUAAGACCUCUGGACCUGGAAAAUCUUCUUGAGAUCUUGAGUGGGAUCCUGGAUCAUUGGCGUGUCACUAAAAUAAUUUUUAGUGAGGAAGAAAAAACAGUUGUCUGCCCCUGCUGUGCGACUGGAAUAAGUCUCUUGUGAUCCCCGAAUGUCUGCAUUAAAAUUUUAAAAAAAAAUGAACUGAAAAGGUGAAAA